AUGCACACUGACCGCCGUAGUAAAAAGUUCAGAAAGUCCAAGUUGAUUUUGGGUUUCUUCUACGGAUUUUUUCUGAGCCUGAUUCUCUACCACUUUGUUAUUGUCGAUUUAGAAUUUACUGAACAGACCACUCAUCUAAUGGGCAUUAUAAUCGGUCUAUUUUUGAGCAUCGGCCACGCAAUAUCACAACAGGUACGGUGUUUGGGACUUUUAGCAAUGCCGACGUUCUGUGAUAAGUCUGGCCAACGCGUAUUGGUGACCAUGGUAUUUGCGUACGUUAUGGCCGGCCCUUUAAACAACAUAAUGAAAAACGGAUCCGAAGUUAUCAGAGUGUUUACCUGUUCUAGUUCACUGGUAUAUAAUUUGACAAAGACUCGAUAUGAACUCAUGUUCAAACCUUUCCAAGAAGCACUAUUCAACCUAAAGGCUGAAACAAACGAGAUAAAAGAAACAAUAAAUUCCAUCAACGACGUGAUCGAUCCGAUCCGACAGGAAUUUGAAUCAGACAGUGACAGUAUCGUACUACACGAGAGAAACGACUAUUUAGACGAUCUGCAAAUGAGACCAUCAAAUAUGUACAACGCAAAAUCGUCCAAGCAUACCAAAAAUAUGUACAAGAUACCGGAGCCGAGCGAAGUAGAAAUAAAGUACAGAAAUAAAUUAUACAGAAAGUGCAAAGGCAUCAUCGACCGAGCGGAUGAAAAAUGCAAGGCAGCGUUUCAGAACAGUUACGACAAAUGCAAAAACUCUGUACACUGGUCCGUGAACUGGGCCCUGUGCUGGCCCAUGCAAGUCACUUUCGUCUGCAAUCUUGCACCACUAUUUGGUGGUGGAGACGUGUGCAAUUCCGGAAAAUCAGUGAAUUCCGGUUUCGGUAAAGGAUACGUUUACCUGACAAAGUCCAAGGAUGAAUUAAAACGAGAAUUCCUGCACGUAAAAGUCAAUUACAAGUUGAACAAAGUGAAAAUAAUGACUUCCGGGAGAAGAGACGGACGGCCGAGUUCGUGUUCGUGUGUAUACGACGUCUGCUGGCCUUUUCGUUCCUCAAAAUACUCUUGGAGUGAGUGCUGCGUCCGUUUCGUCGGUUCCGACAAUUCGUUGUAUUCCACCGUCGUUAUUGUUCGCAGCAGUCAGAGCUACAUGCACAAAUACCUAACGGACAUCGAACACGACAACGCGUAUGUGACCCGGUAUUACCGGAAGAUCGAUGCCCGGCGAAAAAAGACUGGCAAGCACACUUUGCUGCCGCUCAAGAAGACCGAAAAAAGCAAGAUGGUCGACUUGCGGAGCUACAAGCUGGUUGACCGCGAGUGUGAUCAUCUGUUCAAAUCAUUGGUGAAAUUGGUGUUCGAAAUUAUAGCUGCCUCGUCGUUGGUUUUAUUGGACAUUGUGUUUUACGAAGCGUUGGAUGUAAUCAAGAGACACGCCAAAAUCGAUUACUUCCAGACCGGCCACCACAACCUGUACAUCAAGGUCAAGGGAACCGGAAUGAUAGCUAAUUUGCUCAGGUCCGUCGUGGAUAGGUUUAAUUUUAAGAAAAACAUCACCGUCAACCUUAGCAACGAAAUAUGUCUACCGAAUCCACACAAAUUGGAUGCGUAUUACCUACACAAGAUAUAUGGCACGUUAAUGCUAGUGUUCAUUAUGACCGUAUUCGCCGGGUACUCCAGCCGGCUAAAACGACUGAUCUGCGCGGUAUUUUUCCGGAAGAGAGAAAAGCGCAGAGUGCUAUACCUGUACAACGAAACAUUAAGAAAGCGAACAGCAUUCUUCAGAUACAUGAAGCAAAAGGUGGCAAAAUUGGCACGCGAAAACAAAUUAUCGGAAGACCUUGAUAUUUUUCUGAUGUUGAGACUUAAGUUCCCAACACUAUUUGGCUGGCUGGUAUGGUUUGCAUGUGGCCGAAGAAAAUGUCUAAUUUGUGGUGAACCAGAAACGAAUGCAGGCAAACAGUAUGGUUGCAAUACCGUUGGAUGUGUUUACAUACACUGUGAACAGUGUUGGAGAGAUGUUGGCGUCUGUUAUGCCUGUUCAGACACAUUCAUCAAAAAAGAUAACGAAUACAAUCUAAACACAGAUAUUACUGACGAGGGUUACGUGGACACUGAUUAUUAUGAAUAGAAAUAAAACAUAACGUUCAUUAUAAUUAUAUCAUUAAUUUUUAUAAAUAUU